UAUAACAGUCCAUAUAGUCGAAGCGAAGCCAAACGAAGCUUGCGGUUACCUUACGUCCCACACAGCCCCAUGAUUUAGCAGGAUUUUACUAUAAUUGUCCAUUGAAGGGAGAAAGGAAGAGUAAUUUUUAGGUUUUUACAUUUAUAUUUUACGUCAUACAAUAUUUUAAGCAAUGGAUACGUUGAGUUGUCCGAAUAGAAUGGUGGAGAUAUCAGAGGCGAUAUUAACGGAAGACAGUACACAUUCUGCGAUUUCGUUAUCAUUGCGUGCAGUAUUACAACAAUUAGACGCUGAGAAAACUAAACACCAUGAUUAUCUUGUCGCUUUGCUACUAAUUUUUUUAGCGGAAUCCGGAUUUUAUACAUUGCCCACAUCUGAAUUUUCUGAUAAUUCUUCAAGAUCGUCUUUUGAUAAUUCAGAAAACAAAAGCAAAGGAAAAUAUUGGAACACAAGAAUAGUCCAUAUACCUAAUAAAUGGAAAUCCCAAGAUUUGGGCCAAUAUGAGAUAUAUUUUGUAUUGCUUAAGACGGGUAUUCGAUCAAAAUUAAUUGUUAAACCUAUGGGUGAUAGAGUGAUCUUAAAUAUGUAUCCAUAUAUAGAAAACAAGAAGGUUUAUAGCAUGAUAAUAAAGACUCUAUUGUAUGUGAAUCCACAUACGAAUAAUCUAUCUAAUCGAUAUAGGAAUCUGAAGGAUUUAUCACAUAGGUUUAAGAACAAUGUGGCCACUCCUGUACGCACGGAUAUAUUUUAUUCAUUAAAACUAACAAAUCCCAGUCUUCAGGGCUUGCCUUUGGAGAUUAUAUUAAAAAUCAAACAAUUUUUGAAUGGACGUGACCUUAAAGCCUUAAUGGAUUCACUGGACAUUGUUGAGUCUAUUCACCAUCCAAAGAGUCAUCCAAAACCAUUUAGAUUAAAAGGGCUUGUGAAGAAAUCAAAAAAUUUGAAUGAUGUAACUUGAAUCUUACAUAGAAGAUAGGUUGCUUGUAUGUUGUUGUGAUACAUGAUGAUUUAGUAUUCAAAGAAUCUGUUUAAUACAAUUUUUAUCUUUAAACAAUCGAUUCUUUUAUGUAAAAAUUAAAUGUCAUACAAUGAAAUUUAAAUAUGACGUGAAUCUUAUAUUCUUAUGAGAUAUUGACAUAUUUUAUAUGUAAGAAUCAUGCCUCUUGUUAUUUCUCUGGUUUUUAUGAUCAAAAGCAAAUUAUAAUUUGAUUAUGUAA